CUUUGCCUUGAAAUUUGUUCAAUGAACCGCACAACUCAUUUCGCUCAAGCUUGCGCUCAUUGUUUUUGCGCUACGCAGGGGCACAAGGCAGUCGCGUUUUUAUCAGCAAACGUGGCUAAGUCUUAAUACUGAUCAUGAUGCUCCACCAAACGAACUGAUAUAUAUCCUCAGCUGAAAAUGCAUCUUUCUCAGAAAACCAAAACCUUCAGCCAGCUGCAGGUCUUACAGCUGAGCUUCUUGUUCAUAUAGUUUCUCUUCUCUAUUCGAUAGGACAUGCAGCGCGCUCAAAAGGCUUCGUCGUCUUCGGAUUCAUCACCUUCAUCCACUCCUCCAGGAAGUCAUGCUCUUCAGCCGACCGCAAUUCGUCCAGAAUCAAAGGAGCUAAAGCCGUUGUUCACACAGAAACCCCUGUCUUUUUCAGAUCGGGAGAAGAAGCCUUCUCCACCUCCGCGCAAGCGCAGGAGGCAAGUAAUCCCGGAAACCCCCGCUUUGACCUUCAAUCCUUCCCAGAGAAUGAUACCGACAGGGCGACAGGAGCCUCCACAGACACCAGUGUCGCAGACUACACCUAUUUCAUCUACCAACGAAUGCCCUAGUUGGGUGUCUGAUGAAGUUGGUGACCAGCUGCCCUCUGAUACCUCCGUGUAUCCUCACUCCACCGCUUUUAAACGCCCUCGCACCUCGAGUGGUGGCGACGGUUCACCGCAGGUCCCCGGUUAUCCCGCCACGUACUACAAUUUCAGGACUCCGGAUACAGCGGAUCAUCAAGAUUCUCCAUUGUCUGGAGGAAGUUCUUCUUCAACUAACUCCUUCGGCUCGUCUCCAGUGCAUCACACUUAUGGACCGGAGGGUGAAUAUCAGCCUUUUCAUCAGGAGAUGACGGGACAAAAUGCUGCAGAUUACGCGCCACCACGUAGAGAUGUCUACCGGGACCCUAGCUACCUCCCGCCUCAAGAGGGUGUCUGGUCCCACUGCCCUAACUAUUAUAACAAUGGAGGAAAGCCUAGCGCAGAAGAACAUCAUCAACGUACUCUUGUCCGCAUUAAGCAAAUUCAAUCGCACCUCUCGAACUCUCCGCGCGGGCAGCGACUCAAAGGUAAAACUUGCGUUAUUACCGGUGUUGGAUCGCUGCAUGGCAUAGGCCGUGCUUCUGCGCUCUUGUUCGCACAUGAAGGAGCGACUCAUCUAUACUUGCUCGAUUUCUCACAAGAGAACCUUCCUGAACUCAAGUCAACGAUUGAGAACUCAUAUCCGGAUGUGAAGGUAACCACCAUUCAAGCCGACGCAGCAAAUGAGACCGCCAUAGCAGCUGUCUGUGAACAAGCAUUACAAGAUGAGGGCCGAUUGGACGUAUUCUUUGCCAACGCUGGUUUCGCGAAUGAUAAGACGCUUUCCGAUUUGACCGCAGAAGGUUUCAUGGAAAGCAUGCGAGUCAAUGCAUUGUCCUGCUUCCUUGCCGUCAAGUACGGUUCCGACGCGAUGAUGAGGACUAAUUCGUCGAGAGGGAAAGAUAUUAGUGGAGGAAGUAUCAUUUUGACUGCAUCUGUGGCAGGGCUACGGUCCGGGGCAGGGACCAUAGACUAUAGCGCAAGUAAAGCGGCCGUGAACUCGAUCGCGAAGACAAGCGUAUAUCAACUUCAGAAGACUGACAUUCGCGUGAACACAAUCUGCCCGGGCCUGAUCGAGACCAAUAUGACCAAGGACAUGUUCGAUUCUGCUCGCCAACGAGGCAGGGAGAGCAAGAUUGGUCAAUUAAACCCGAUGGGCCGCUUUGGAGUCGCUCAAGAGAUUGCUCACAUGAGCUUGUUUUUGGCUUCGGAUGAAUCGAGUUAUGUCAAUGGACAGAACAUUGCGGUUGAUGGGGGGCUUUCGUCAUCGCAUCCUGUAGUCCCAGGACGGUGGGCCUGAUGGGCCGUCGCACUAUCUCAAACCGCAUCUUCCAGGGAUCUCCCGUAUCUUUGUCACAGUGUUGCCUUUGUACUUAAUACUGAUUGAAUCAAUGCUUUUUAAG